GUUUGAUGCUGAGCAAAAUCGGUCGACGUAAUGGGGAAGCAUUGAUACGUUUCACUGACCCGGAACAACGUGAACUGGCCCUUUGCCGUCAUAAACAUCACAUGGGACAACGCUACAUUGAAGUGUACGGAGCACACAGUCAGGAAUUCAUCGCAUUUGCCACGACUGAAACUUCCGAGGCGGAAGAAUUCCUGAAGCGAUUUGUAAGUCCCCGUCAAACCCUCGUUCGAAUGCGGGGACUGCCUUACUCGGUGAACGCUGAGCAAAUUCUUCAGUUCUUCGACAACAAUCAUUGUUCGGUGCAGUUUGGUUCCGACGGUAUCUUGUUUGUGAAUCGACCCGACGGACGUGCAAGUGGGGACGCGUUCGUCAUGUUUGAAACCAACGAAGUUGCUGAGAGAGCCCUGAAAAGUCACCGACAACAUAUUGGAAAUCGGUACAUAGAGCUGUUUAAAUCCACACCGGCAGAAGUCAACCAGGUCCUGAACGCCACAGUUCGUCAAGAGGUCACUUGCCCAAAGCGCUGGAUUGGAUUGUCCGGCAAUGCGGAAUCUUCGUCAAAUGGAAUUCUCCCAUCAACCGUCCCUUACAUAGAUGGCGUCCGUGAACUUUUGUCCACUUAUGCUUCAACGGUGCGAACGGAACCACCAUGUGGCCUUGCUAAUCGGUUCUCGUUGCCUAGCCUUCACGCAUAUCCAACUGGAAACAAUCUGCUUGGCUCACAAAAUCUCGCAACUGGUCUACACCAUCUCGAUAGCUUUGGCAGCGCUUAUAUGCCCGCGUUGGUAUCCAUGUACUCAAUGCUUUCGCCUCAACCAGUACUUCCAAAGGCCUUCAACGCAGGUGUAUUCCCAUACGCAUGUGACACUUUUUGGCUAAACCCGUAUUCCAGCGUACCCGGAGUGCAAUUGAAUACCGGACAUCAGUGGGGUAGAUAUCCGCAAGUUCAAAAGGAUCCCAGCUACACAAUUCCUCAACGGGCUGCUCCGUUGAUGGAGGACAUCGUUAUACCAACGGUUCGUGAUGACACAUUCCCAGUGAUGCCUGUCGGUAUGGACCAGCUGGCCAAGUGUUUCAUACGAAUAAGAGGUAUGCCGUUGGAAGCUGAUAUUCUGGACAUUUUGACCUUUGUCGGGGACGCGUGGAGAAGCAUAGUGGUUCAUGGAGUACACCUAGUUUACAACUCAUUGGGUCGGUCAAACGGAGAAGCGAUAAUCCAAUUUGUUUCUGAGAAAGCAGCCCAAUGGAUGAUAGAACAAAAACAUGGUAGUAUCUUCUUCAAGCGGACAGCACAAACAGUGACCUCCAGCUUUGUGGAGGUCAUACAAUGCACAGCCGAAGAUGUGACACAAUUGAUGUACACGGUGGCUGCUUUGGUACAAGCCAACAUACAUACCGCGAAACCGUUGCACGGAGAAUUGCAACAGAUGUCACUUUUUCCAGCAAUAUUCAACCCUCUGGAUAUUCAUGUGAAUCCCCCCGCAUUGCCAUAUUUGCCAUACCAUGGAUCAGAAGUGAUUCUCAACUCCUUAGGUUUGCCCGGCAUAGUUACACCGCCUUGUUCGCAUAUGAACAUGCAAUUCGCAGCAAGGAGCACACACCCAAUUGGACCAAUGUAUACACCAGGGAACAAUAGGACAGAAGUGUUUAUUGGAGCUACGCCACCCAUGUCAAUAGCUACCGAGCUUCCCAUGCAUGAUGUAUCCGUGAAUCAUAUGAAUUUCAUCCCCGUCCAAACCAAUACAGCGAACCCACCGACUGUACUACAGCAACCAUUGGGUGCGUUUGGUCAGGCAAACCCUGCUCUAUUCCAGCAAAACCCUUUGGUCAGUGGUUUGGUUCUACCACAACCAGGUGUAAACAGCAAUGUAUGUCAGCCAUACACAACGAUGGGAUAUGGCAAUUCGACCAACGCGUCUGUGAUUCAAACGGAAUCACAGAAGGCCGAAUUAGCUCAUCCGGUUUGUGAGUCCGUUAACCAGAAACUGCUUGAAAUCAAACCGGAUUCUAGCACAGACGGUCAGUCGCCGGGAAUUCAGGCGACGGAACCUGGUCUACCGCGUAUCCCCAAGCAAGGUGCACCGCAUGAAAAAGUGGGACAAACUGGACGCGUCGCAUUCUAA